GACGCUGCCCGUUCCUGAAAGUGGGUCGCUUUUUAAAGCCCACGCUCACCGCUGACGUCAUCCGCGCUUGCGCAGCUUUACCUUCCUCCUCAGGUACUCUCCAGGUAGGUCCGAGGGGCUCGGCCUACCUACAAUGGCUGAUCCUCCGAUCUCCAGUCGUAUGUCGAUCACGAGCACUCCUUACUCCCGCUCCGCUGCUUGCACCGAUGCUGCCUGCUCCUGAAAGUGAUGAGUCAGCAUGUAAGAAUGAGAUGGCAUGCCUGGUUGAGUGAUGCCACAAAUUCAACUUCCCACUAAACGUCAACAAAACCCAGAGGGUGAUCAAUGGGAGGGCAAGUCAGGAGAACCAGGUGUCAGUUCUCAUAGGUGGGUAGGAGGUGGAGAGAGCGAGUGGCUUUAAAUUCCUGUGAGGUACCAUUUCAGACGGAGUUGCCUUGGGUCUAGAUGCAACUACAAAGAAUGCACGCCAGUGUCUGUACUUUCUUUUUUUUUAAGGAGGUUCAGUAUGUCAUUGAAGACUCUGACAAAGUACUACAGAUGUACAGUGGAAACCAUUCUGACUCACAGAAUGGUACAGAAACUCCAACACCCAGGAUGGCAAGAGGCUAUACAGUGUGGUGGACAGCCAAUACAUCAUGGGAACAGCUUUCCCCACCAUCGAGGACACCCAACUACAAGAGCUGCUGAAAAACAACAAAUUACUCAACAGCUGACAUCAGACAUCAGUUUCUCAUUGAGGGAUCAGCAGAAGAAAAUGUGAGCUACUCUCCACAAAUUUUCACCAUAUGUUAAUGUGAAGAGUGAACAGUAAAUGGUUAAUCUUACGGCGACCUUGUUCUCAUUGACUACGGUUUAUCUUGGCAUUUCAUUACACCCGAGCGAGAACGCUAUAGUGAAAAAGCGGCAUUAUCAGGUGUUUCAAGUGCUGCAAUGUCAUCUCGAUCCAGCAUCAAGUCGAUGCCACCCAGCGACAAGGGCAGUAGGGCAUCAUCAAGUAAGGCCGCCCAGGCAAGAGCUAAAGCAGAUGCCGCCCAUGUGCGGGUGGACUACGGCAAGCGAGCAGCAAAAUUGAAAAUGGAAGGGGCCGCCAAAGAAGCCGAAAUCCAGAAGGAAAAGGCUGCCAGAGAAAUGGAAGCGGCUGCCAGAGAAGCCGAAAUCCAGUUGGAAAUGACAAGGAUAUUGGCAGAGUUGGAAGUGCUGAAGCUAGAAGGAGAAGAAGAAGCUGCCAAGGUGGAAGCAGAGUACAUAGAAGAAGCUGAAGGACUGCAUAAUCUGACCGACGUAAGAUCUACUUCAGAAAGGACCAGAUUGGAACGCACAAGCGACUAUGUCCGAUCUCAAAUAGACAGGAAGCCUCGUCCUUCCUCUCCGUACGUAUUUGAUAACAUCCCAUGUCAUGAGGAACCUCAGGCAGACCCGAUUGCAUCACAUCCAUAUGAUGAAGACAAUUUACCCUCGCAACUCCGCGAUGAAGUCAAGAAUGAAAGAGCUGAUGACAAAUACUUCUUGACACCAAACUUACAAUAUUUAGGGAGAAGAGAUGCAGAGGUCAAAUUCAGGACAGCAAAUUCCAUAAGAAAUGUACGCCCUCAGUCAUAUACGCGCUAACGUAUUUCCCCAGCCCGCAUGCCACUUACAGUUGAUCCCAUGAUGCAGUAUUUAGCACGACGAGAUCUCGUCACUUCGGGACUGUAGCAGUUUGACGAUAAACCUGAAAAUUACCGUGCAUGGUACUCCACAUUCACCAACGCUAUCCACGGAGUCCAGCUCAGAGCAACUCAAGAGUUGGAUCUUAUGGCAAAAUGGCUGGGAAAAGAAUCAUGCGAACAGGUGAGACGCAUACGUUCAGUGUACAUCAACAAACCCGAGCUAGCCUUAAGCAAAGCAUGGGAGAGACUUUGGGAGGGCUAUGGGGCCCCCGAAAUUAUCGAAGCGGCGCUAUAUCGACGUCUGGAAAACUUUCCUAAGGUGUCAGCCAAAGAUCACAUUAAGUUAAGAGAACUCAGAGAUUUACUCAUGGAGAUCCAAGGUGCCAAAGAAGAUGGCUACUCAGCUGGUCUAGUAUACCUAGAUACUCCAUCCGGGAUUAGACAAAUCGUGGUCAAACUUCCAUUUGGGCUGCAGGACAGGUGGCUGUCUGUUGCCUCAGAGUACAAGGAAGAACACGAUGGUCGAUUUCCUCCCUUUAAGCACCUCACUAAGUUUGUGUACAAG